AUGCGCUGGCUCGCUCUGGCGUGCGCGUGCCGCGCCGCGUCGGACGAGCUCUUGAUAUCUUACGAGGGCAGCAUCGACGCGAACCUCGGCGGCCUGGGCAACCGCCUGCUGGGCCUCAUCUCGGCGAAGAUGUUCGCGGACCUCGCGCGCGCGAGAUUCGCCGUCGUCGACGAGCGCUUCACGGGACAUGUUCCCUUCUCGGGCAUGUUCGACUACCCGCCGGCGCUGCGGUGGAACGCGAGCCACGACGCCUACGAUCUGACGUGCGGGUUGAACUUUGAGAACCACAGGUGCGGCCAGACUUUAGCGCAUCUGAAUAGUCGGCGGAGCGGUGAGGAGCUCAUGGCGAAGCUCCACCCCGAGUCGUCGACGCUGCGCCUGCGGUUCCCGCAGUGCACCGUCUUCCGCGUCGUCUCGAAUAUGUACUUCGGCGCUUUGUACCGGCCAAACGCGACACGGCCGUCCUUCGGCGACGUCGUUUCGCAUGUCGCGCGGCCGUCCGCGGCCGUCGCGGCGCGCGUGCGCGCGGCGACCACGGGCUGGGAGCCGGCGAACCACGCCGUGGCCGUGCACCUGCGGUCCUUCUUCAAGCCCGACCUCGACGCCGUCGCCGUCUGCCUCUGCCACGUCGUCGGCAAAACGAAAUACGAGGCGACGCGGAAUCAAAGCGACCCGCCUCCCGUGGUGAAGCAGGCCUGGCUCAUCUCCGACAGCGAGAUCCACCCGCUCUGCGUCUUCGAGGACGGCGGCACGACGUUCGUCUGGGACGAGGAGGUGUCGAGCGUCCCCGGCGAUUCCGCCGUCCGCGUCGUCGACGACGUCUACCCGACGACGCGCCAGGCGCAGCGCGGCGUCGACAACCCCCACGGCGAGCACGCGGAGGACGUCUUCCUCAUCGAGGCGGGCGUGCUCGACGACCGCGUCGUCGUCGCCGUGCGGCCCGAGCGCGACAUCGUCUGGUAG